CCAUCAGAUGGGAAAAAAAUCUUCCUCCCUGGGAUGAAAAUUAGAAGUCUAGGUGGAAAGAGGCAAAUCUGCUAACGGAGGAUCCAGUCCCCGCUACCGGCCUGAGCCUCGCGUUGCAGCAAGAGAGAUGAAGGCCGGCACCCAGGAUGGGCGAGGUGGAGGCCCCGGGCCGCUUGUGGCUCGAGAGCCCCCCUGGGGGAGCGCCCCCCAUCUUCCUGCCCUCGGACGGGCAAGCCCUGGUCCUGGGCAGGGGACCCCUGACCCAGGUCACGGACCGGAAGUGCUCCAGAACUCAAGCCUGAAGCAGGCCACACUCCCCAGAAAUGAGGGACCCAAUCACACAAGGAUGCAAAUCCUGACUCCACCCCUCCAAUCCUCAGUGGAGCUGGUCGCAGAUCCUGAGACCCGGACAGUGGCAGUGAAACAGCUGGGAGUUAACCCCUCAACUACCGGGACCCAGGAGUUGAAGCCGGGGUUGGAGGGCUCUCUGGGGGUGGGGGACACACUGUAUUUGGUCAAUGGCCUCCACCCACUGACCCUGCGCUGGGAAGAGACCCGCACACCAGAAUCCCAGCCAGAUACUCCGCCUGGCACCCCUCUGGUGUCCCAAGACGAGAAGAGAGAUGCUGAGCUGCCGAAGAAGCGUAUGCGGAAGUCAAACCCCGGCUGGGAGAACUUGGAGAAGUUGCUAGUGUUCACCGCAGCUGGGGUGAAACCCCAGGGCAAGGUGGCUGGCUUUGAUCUGGACGGGACCCUCAUCACCACACGCUCUGGGAAGGUCUUUCCCACUGGCCCCAGUGACUGGAGGAUCUUGUACCCAGAGAUUCCCCGUAAGCUCCGAGAGCUGGAAGCCGAGGGCUACAAGCUGGUGAUCUUCACCAACCAGAUGAGCAUCGGGCGCGGGAAGCUGCCAGCCGAGGAGUUCAAGGCCAAGGUGGAGGCUGUGGUGGAGAAGCUGGGGGUCCCCUUCCAGGUGCUGGUGGCCACGCACGCAGGCUUGUACCGGAAGCCGGUGACGGGCAUGUGGGACCAUCUGCAGGAGCAGGCCAACGACGGCGCGCCCAUAUCCAUCGGGGACAGCAUCUUUGUGGGAGACGCAGCCGGACGCCCGGCCAACUGGGCCCCGGGGCGGAAGAAGAAAGACUUCUCCUGCGCCGAUCGCCUGUUUGCCCUCAACCUUGGCCUGCCCUUCGCCACCCCUGAGGAGUUCUUUCUGAAGUGGCCAGCAGCAGGCUUCGAGCUCCCAGCCUUUGAUCCGAGGACUGUCUCCCGCUCAGGGCCUCUCUGCCUCCCCGAGUCCAGGGCCCUCCUGAGCGCUAGCCCGGAGGUGGUUGUCGCAGUGGGAUUCCCUGGGGCCGGGAAGUCCACCUUUCUCAAGAAGCACCUCGUGUCGGCCGGAUAUGUCCACGUGAACAGGGACACGCUAGGCUCCUGGCAGCGCUGUGUGACCACCUGUGAGACAGCCCUGAAGCAAGGGAAACGGGUCGCCAUCGACAACACAAACCCGGACGCUGCGAGCCGCGCCAGGUACGUCCAGUGUGCCCGAGCCGCGGGCGUCCCCUGCCGCUGCUUCCUCUUCACCGCCACUCUGGAGCAGGCGCGCCACAACAACCGGUUUCGAGAGAUGACAGACUCCUCUCAUAUCCCCGUGUCAGACAUGGUCAUGUAUGGCUACAGGAAGCAGUUCGAGGCCCCAACGCCGGCGGAAGGCUUCUCUGCCAUCCUGGAGAUCCCGUUCCGGCUAUGGGUGGAGCCGAGGCUGGGGCGGCUGUACUGCCAGUUCUCCGAGGGCUGAGCCCCACCCAGCUCCCCUCCACAAUAAAUGCUGUUUCUCCUUGAGCUUGGCCGGCAUUUUGCUGGAAGGAAGGUGGUCCCCAUGGGGGAGGGGCUCCAGGCCUGCCAGAGUUUCUUACAUGGAUGGAGGCUUUAAGGACAUUUUCAGGUAACAAAAAGUGGGCCCCUACAGAGGGGAGUCCAGCUGGGACCUGGCAUGAGCACUUUAGACAUUAGCCGGGGAACGCACAGGGAGAGCGCUGUGUGGCCCCGAGAGCCAGCUGGUGAGCCCACGAGCCUCAACCGAGGGGCUGGCUCAAGGCCAGGUGUGACCCCUGAGGACAAAAUCCAGCUCAGGUUCUGUGACACUGAACUUGAACCCAAGGCCUGUGGGUCUGGAGAUUGGGGGGGAAGAGGGUGUGGGCAGCCGAGAGCCAGACCCAGUGAGUUCCCGGGCUGUCCAGCCUGCUGGGCCACCUUAGAGCUAGGGGGCUGCCAGGCAUGGGGCAGUGAGCAGAGGGGGCAGGCAGGUUUUUAAAAGGCUUUAUUGGGGAAACGUAGAGGGGUGGGGACCGUCCUUGGAGGCCUCAGGACACCAUCCUCCAUGUUGCUGGGCAGUUGAAGUCCCCAGGGGCCCCUGCUCAGAAGCAUGUCACCUAGGGGCAGGGGUGCAGUGGGGGCUGCUGGCCACAGGCUCCCAAGCACUGACCCCACAUCCCUGUGAGCAGAGGCCUGGCCCCACCCAGGCCUGGAUACCACCUCCCAUGGCCCUGAGGCUGGGCUGCAGUUUCCCGACAGCCUAGGACCGCUGGGACUGCUGCCUCUCCCUCUGCUCUGCUCUCCCCAAGGCCAAGGUCGCCCUGCUUCUUUCCCAACCCCAUCCCCCCACAUGCCCCAGGGUCCCUCCUGUACAUGACAGGGUCACCACUCACCAGUCUCUGCGGGGGCCUCAUCUGUGACUCCUGGAGAGGCCCAGCCCGGGGUAACCACUACCCCCCCAUCUGUGGAGAGAAAUCAGAGGCCAGUGGUGAGCAGGCAGGGGGGUGGAGGGAGACCAAGCAGCCCUGGAGCCUGGCCACCUCACCCCUCGUUGCUGCUGCUCCUGCUCCAGGUUCCGCUGCAGGACCUGCUGCUGGUUGGCAAUGACACGCCGGAUGCCGUUGACAAAGUUGCCCUGGUCAUGGGGGAUGAGGCCAAUGAAGAUUUUCUUCUCCGAAGAGUACAGGAGCAUAAGCACGCGGAUCUCACACGAUGCUUUGUAGGAAAAGUGCACGCAGCCGGCCUGGCAGGCACAGGGCGUGGUGUCACCAGACAGCACCACAGGGACUCAGGCCACGGGGACCAGCAUCCCUCCAACCAUGGCACCAUGCCGUGGGCUCCAUGAGCCAGGCACAGCCUAACUGCUCUGUCCUCACACCCCCCACCCACCCCGGAGGUGGGCCCCCUUAUUAGGAUGACACGGUGGCCAAGAGCAAUGGGUGGGCCAAAGGCCAACAGGCUCUGUCGGGAAGGGCCCAAGAACCUGCAUUUCAGAGCUCCUGGGCAGGCCAGGCUAUGUCUGGGGCCACCUCACCACAGCCACCUGAACCAACCGGCCAUGGCUUCAACUCGGGACCCCAAGGGAUCUGCAGCAGCUGGCCCAGCACAAGCAAGGGCUGAGGUACAUGGAGCCUUUCUGGGUUUCCUUGCGGAAACUUUUUUGAGACUGAGUUUCGCUCUUGUCGCCCAGGCUGGAGUGCAAUGGCAUGAUCUCAGCUCACUGCAACCUCUGCCUCCCGGGUUCAAGCCAUUCUUGUGACUCAGCCUCCUGAGUGGCCAUCAUGCCUGGCUAAUUUUUGUAUUUUUAGUAGAGACGGGGUUUCACCAUGUUGGCCAGGCUGGUCUCAAACUCCUGACCUCAGGUGAUCCACCCGCCUCGGCCUCCCAAAGUGCUGGGAUUGCAGGCGUGAGUCACCGCACCCGGCCCCUGAGGGAACGCUUGAAAUUGCUUUAAUGUAAAAGCACCUACACCCAGGCCCCCCCCCUCCCCACGAACAGCUUCGUGGACAGUUUACUCAGACUGAGUCGAAGGUAAUUUUAAGGUAGUUUCGGGAUAUUACCCAAGUAUGGCCCAGCUGGAAGGUGGACAUCCGGGGGAGGGCUCAGAAACACCAAAGUCCAACCUUCUCCACCUCACAGAUGGAGAAACUGAGCCCCAGAGAGAGAAGUCAGCUGAGCCUCCCCCAGAUAAGACAAUCACCAGAUAUUCUGGGACCUUGCUGGGGGCAGACAGCCCUCCCUGCCCGGCAAUGGGCCUUUGGGAUGUGGCACAAGCUCCCGGGAAACCUGGAGUGACAAGGGCGCCUGUCCCUGAGGAGCGGAGUUGGUGCUGAGUCAGCCCUGAUGUGGCAGAGGAGGAGCAGGCCCCUGCAGAACCAGGGUCAGUGCCCCGUCCAGUGCCGUGGGGACAGCACAGAGCCCCCAGAAGUCACGCCCACACUAGCCGCCCUCUCUCCCCAGCUGGUCCGGGACAUGGUGCUCUGUUCCUCUCCCAUGUUCGCCCCCGUGAGCGGUCCGGGCUCGUUCUGCCCUGGCCGGCCCCUCCCCUGCGUCUGCUGGCACCACUCACGAAGCCAUUGUCCAUGAUCCGGCACAGGCUCUUCAGUGUCUCCAGGUCCUUGGUGAAGUGGAACUGGACCAGGCGCGAGUUCCGGAACAGCGGCACUAGGGUGGUCUGCGGGGAAGCGAGGGGACCCCCAGCUCUGGCUUCUCCCACCACGGCCUCCCGCUCCCAGCCCGCUGAGUCCCUGGGGCCCAGGACCAAACUGAGACUCUCCUGUCCUCCCUACCUCAGGAAACGUCAUCACCGCUCAACCAGCCCAACCCUGGAGUGCUGUGGAAGCCGCUCUCAGAUCCCUUGGCAGCCCCCCAGGUGCAGGUCGUGGCUGCCCCUGCCCUGCUCAGUCCCUGCACAGCCACCAGCUGGCUGCCUGGGACCCCUUGAAGCCAGGCCUGAGGACCUACCCACCACGCCUGCUUCAGCACCCUCAGCUCCGCUCCCUCACAGCCAGCUCAGGCCACCUGGGGAGGCGCUCUUGCCCCCAGCCCCGCCCUCUGGAAGAGCUACUGUGUGCAGGCUCAAGCACCCGGUCCCAGCCCCUCACCAGCAGCUGCUGCGGGAUGAGCUGCAUGUACAGCUUCCUUGGCCACUGCUCGGUCCUCCUGUGGGGCACAAAGGGACGAGGGUCAGGAAGCCCCAGCUCCCCUGGAUGCUGCCUCCACCCCCCAGCCCAGCACUCACAGGAUCUCCCCCUGGUUCACGUAGACGUGGGAUGGCAGCCACCUCUUGGACCGACUGUUGGGCUCAGGCCUGGGCUUUUGGGGGAGAGGCAAAGAGGAGCCCUCAGGGCUGGAGACCCCCCAACGCCAGUCUCCCCUCCCAGCCACAGUCCGUGAGGAUCUGGGGGUCCCAAGUCCCCGGGCUGCCGAGGGCUCACCUCCUGCCACUCCAUGACGCCACUCCAUGCCAGAAACUUGUUGUUGACGAUCUGGACUGGGCCUGAGUUGACACCACCAGGUCCCACUGCCUGUUGGAAGGGAACAGGGUGGGAAGAGGGGCCCAGGCUCCUGGGAAACCUCUGUCUGUCCUGGGGCCCAUCGCAUCACACUCCGCCCACACCAAGUCUGGCUGCCCAACCAGGGCAGUGGGGCCUAACCCCCUCUGUCCCCACAAGGGCUGUGCUUGGCUGGCACACCUGCUUGCGGGUGGUGAUGACCUGCCGGAUGGCACUGACGAAGCCGCUCUGGUCGUAGGGGAUGAGGCCCAUGAAGAUCUUCUUCUUGGACGAGUACAGGAGCAUGAGCACGCGCACCUCACAGGGGGAGAUGUGGGGGAACAGCAUGCAGCCCGCCUGCGGGGGCCGCGGGUCAGGACCCUGUGGUCACUGCCCGGGGCCACUGUGCCCCCACCACCCUGGACCGCCCCACCUGUAGGGGAUGAAGGGAGAUCAUCGGCAGACAGAGGCCCCCACAGUCAAGGCCAUGGCCAUAGGUGAGGGGCCUCUGAGAGACCCUGCAGCGCCCAUCGGCAUCCCCCCACCCUGCCAUGGCUGAGGUCAGAGUGGCACCCGGCACCCAGGCUGCAGUGAGAAUGCCGAGAAGGCACUACCUCCCGCCCACAUCACCCCCUGCCGCCAGCCCUCCUGACUGCCUGAUGGGGUGACUUGGCCUGGGGGUUAAGAGCACAGGCAGCGCCCCACCGUUCUGCUGCCUCCUAGCUGUGUGACCUAACACCAGCCACCUCCUGCUUCUGGGCCUCCAUCAUCUGUAAAACCGGGUAAUAGUGCACACAGUUGGUGCCACAUAAAGGCUCAACAGAUAAAGUGCUGGUGCCUCUUGGAUGGGGCAUGGGAGAACUAAGCCUGA